UGUCCCAGCCACCACCAGCCUCAGUCGCAGCCGGAUCUCGCUCCUCAACUUGGCAAAAAUGCCUACAGAGACUGAGAGAUGCAUCGAAUCCCUGAUUGCUGUUUUCCAAAAGUACAGUGGGAAGGAUGGAAACAGCUGCUAUCUCUCCAAAACUGAGUUCCUCUCCUUCAUGAAAACGGAGCUGGCCGCCUUCACGAAGAACCAGAAGGACCCGGGUGUCCUUGACCGGAUGAUGAAGAAGCUGGACCUCAACUGUGAUGGGCAGCUAGAUUUCCAAGAAUUUCUCAACCUUAUUGGUGGCUUAGCUGUAGCCUGCCAUGAAUCCUUCCUCCAGGCUUCCCAGAAGAAUAUCUAACCCUUUCUAUUCCCUUCCAGCCACCAAGUCAUCACAACCCCCACCCCCCACCAUCCAUACCUGUGCUGAGCCCACCACACCAACCACAACUUGCAGCCCAUGCCUGCUAGAGGAAAUAAAACAAUGUCAUUUUUUUAAAUGUA